AUGAAAAGAUCCGCCGAAGAAGUAAAGGCGCUACGUCUAAUUAAGAGAUUUAAGCAGCCAAACAGAAAUCCUAUUGAUGAAGAAGAUGGAUGCUCUAAAUGUAUAGUGAAGGUCCCUGUUUCGAUGUAUGUUUCUCUAGCACCUAUCUACCAACAGUUGCCAAAGGAUGGUAUUAUGAGACAACAUCUUAAUGGGAUGGUGAUGAAAUAUAAUGCGGAUAUUGGAGGUGUGAUUUUGGGUUUUGAAAACUUACGUAUCGUUGGUGAAGAGGUCAACGAAGAAGAUGAGAAGCUUAUGAAGCUUACUCCUGAUACACCAUUUGCUUUCACGUGGUGUCAUGCCGAUUUCAUUGUGUGGCAACCUCAGGUUGGUGACAUUAUCGAAGGGUGGAUCUUCAUCCAAUCUGCAUCGCAUAUCGGUCUGCUAGUACAUGAUGCUUUCAACGCCAGUAUCAAAAAAAACAGUAUCCCAAACGACUGGACAUUCAUCCACAACGAGGAAACCACCGGAAAUGAUGGUGAAGACUCUAUAGAGGACAAAAAGUUCCAAUCCUUGGGCCACUGGAUAGAUGGUAACGGUCAACAACUAGGAGGGAAACUAAAAUUCAAGGUAAAAAACGUCUAUACUGCUGGAAGAAUGGUUUCUUUAGAAGGUACUUUGCUUGCUGACUCUGCUAGAGCAUCUCAUUCUGACGUAGAGAACCUACCUGUUGUUUCCAAUAAGAAGAUUGUAUUCGACGAUGAAGUUUCCAAAGAAAAUACAGACUCGCAUAAAGAACUCGAACUUUCAGUUGUUAAGGAAGACAAUGGAGACGAGAUAGUUUACGAAAAAGACUCUAGUGAAAGUGAUUCUAGUGAUAGUGACUGA